AUGUCAACUGAGGUCAAAUCAAUAUCAACUUCAUCUAAACUUCGUUUUGGAAAUGAUCCACUACAGGUUUCUGAUAGAAUAUAUUUCGUGGAUGCUGCUAAUAAGAGCUUGACUACCUUUCCAUUAGACAUCCUACUACUAAAGGAAUUAGAAGAAGUGCAUCUAGAAAAUAAUCAGAUUGAUGAAAUCCCCCCAGCUAUUGAGAACUUAAAGAAUCUCAGAAUCCUGUACGUGAACAAAAACAAACUGAGCAAACUGUGUCCAGAGCUGGGGAAACUGAGUAAACUGGAGGGCUUGGACCUGAGCAACAACCCCCUCCUGGUAUCCUCCCUUCCUGUCCUCAGCAACAUUCACUCACUGCGCGAACUCCGACUCUACAACAGCAACCUAGAGGAGAUUCCUAUUGUCAUCUGUAAGUUCCUUCAUCAUUUGGAGCUGCUUGGACUGAGUGGCAACAACCUAAAAGCUCUGCCCAGGGAAGUAAUGACUCAGGUCAAGCUGAGGGAGAUCUACCUGAAGCAUAAUCAAUUUGAAACUUUUCCUCCAGAGCUCUGCAUGCUUCCCAAUCUGGAGAUCAUUGAUUUUGAUGAGAACAAGUUAAGUAUCAUCCCAGAAGAGAUCAAGGACCUAAAAAAGUUACAGAAGUUUUAUGUGGCUUACAACAACUUGUCUGUUCUACCUGAGUCACUGGGACAAUGCAGUUACCUAACGGUAUUGGACUUAUCCUAUAACUCUCUUCAUUCCAUCCCACAAAGCCUGGAUGGGAUUUUGGAGAUGACUGAGCUGGGUCUGAGUGGGAACAACCUGGGGAAGAUACCAAAGUUCAUCUGUAAGUGGACUUCGCUGCACCUGCUCUACCUUAUGAACACUGGUCUACCAGCAUUGCGCCGCUCCUUCCGGCAUCUGAUCAAUCUGCGCUUCCUGGAUCUCAGCCAGAACCUUCUGGAUUGCUGUCCCCAAUUUAUCUGUACAAUGAAGAAUCUGGAAAUUCUGGCACUGGAUGAUAAUAAGCUAUGGAAGCUGCCUUCAGACUUUGGCUCACUUUCAGAACUGAAGAUCCUUGGGCUAUCUGGAAAUCAGUUCUUUGCAUUUCCACAAGAAAUACUUUCAUUAGAAUCUUUAGAAAAAUUAUACAUUGGGCAAGAUAUGGGAAACAAGUUCACCAGUUUACCAGAAAACAUUAAUAUGCUACAGAAUCUUAAGGAGCUGUAUAUAGAGAACAAUGAGUUGGAAUCCCUGCCUAACUCCUUAGGCCAAAUGCCUAACCUGAAAAUUCUUGAUUGUCGCCACAAUUUGCUUAAACAGCUUCCUGAUACCAUUUGUCAAGCACAAGGUUUGACAGAAUUACUACUUGAUCACAACUUGCUCACCCAUCUUCCAUAUAAUUUGGAUUCUCUAGUGAACCUGACUGUCCUGACAGUACAGAACAAUCCACUGGAAGAACCUCCAAUGGAAGAGUGUGUCAAAGGCUGUCAGGCCAUCUGGGACUACCUUAAGGAUCUCAGAAUGAAGAUAUCAAUGACGACAAAGAUUCAGGCAUGGUGGCGUGGAAUGAUGGUGCGUAAAGGACUAGGAAAAUUCGAAGAACUAAGGUUGCAGAAAAAGGGAAAGAAUUCUGCGAAAGAUAAGAAAGAUGGAAAGAAACUCCCUAAAAAGCCAAAAAAGAAGGCAUAA